CACAGGGGAAAAUAUCAAAUUGUAUUAGAUUAGACAUGGGAAAAUUAGCGGUAUUAAUACUGGUGUGUUUGAUUGCAGCAACGAUUGCAGAACAAUGCGGUAGACAAGCUGGAGGAAAAACAUGUCCAAACAACCUUUGUUGCAGCCAAUACGGUUACUGUGGUACCACAGAUGAAUACUGUGGUCCGAACUGUCAGAGUAACUGUCAUGGCAGUAGUGGUGGUGGUGAAAGUGCUUCUAAUGUUCGUGCCACAUAUCAUUACUAUCAACCAGAUCAACAUGGAUGGGACUUAAACGCUGUAAGUGCUUAUUGUUCAACUUGGGAUGCAAGCAAACCUUACUCAUGGCGUAGCAAGUAUGGUUGGACUGCUUUUUGUGGCCCUGUUGGACCUCGUGGUCAAGCUUCUUGUGGAAAGUGUCUCAGGGUGACAAAUUCAGGUACAGGAGCACAGGAAACAGUGAGAAUUGUAGAUCAAUGCAGCAAUGGAGGGUUGGAUUUGGAUGUGGGAGUGUUUAACAGAAUCGACACAGAUGGCAGAGGAUACCAACAGGGACAUCUUAUUGUAAGCUAUCAGUUUGUGGAUUGUGGGAAUGAGCUAGACAUAACCAACCCUUUGUUCUCCAUCAUUGAUGCUAAACAAUAAAAUGCUCAAAUAUUGUUAGAAAAAUCCUGUGUUUGUAAUAGAGUUUGAUACUAGAGUCUUUCUGUUUUGAAAGAGAAGUAUUCAAACAUAUGCUCCGAAUAAAACUAUACUUAUGGAUUAAUUGGUUAUCCUUAAGAAAUGAAAAUUUACAUGAUCAUUAUCUUGAUCUCUCUAUUUAUGUA